UUUUCUAUGAAUUUGGUACGAACUGUACCGAAGGACGUGACAAACAAUGUGGUGGAAUUACCACGACGAACACCACAGAAAUGCCAGCGGCCAACAGAGUUAAUUUUACGACGCCCUGCGUCGGCGACGCCAUAUCACGGACGCCGUCCGCCAGACGUGUCGACUCCACCAGCGUCGGAUUACCUUGAGUUCAAUCAACUCAAAGACAUCCUUCUGAAAAAGAGUGGAGUACUUUGCUAUAACUUUGAGAGAAUUACUGCUACAAAAGAUGAUUUCAUUGACGAGGGCCAACUUGGGGCUGGUACUUGUGGUGUUGUUAAAAAGAUGCGACAUAAGGUGAGACGGGACCUCGUCAUGGCUGUUAAACAAAUGCAUGUGUCGUCUACCUGUGCUGUAGAAAACAAGAGAAUUAUGGUUGAUUUGGAUGUUGUUACGAAAUGUGUUGGCUGCCCAAAUAUCGUAAAAUGCAUGGGUAUUUUCUUCUCAAUGUCGGAGGUUUGGAUUUGUAUGGAAGUAAUGUCGACAUCUCUCGAUACGUUAAUGCGGGACACAAUUGAGCCGUUUCCGGAGUAUGUCCUCGGAAAAAUAGCUGUCUCGAUCGUAAAAGCACUUGACUACCUGAAGAAGGAGCAUAAUAUGAUGCACCGAGAUGUUAAGCCAUCUAAUAUGCUUUUAAGCUCUGCCGGUGAUAUUAAGCUCUGUGAUUUCGGAAUAAGUGGACAGCUCAAAGAUUCAAUUGCAAAUUCUAAUCAACUGGGUUGCAUAGGAUACAUGGCACCUGAGCGUCUCGAAAAGUUCAAAUAUGACGUCCGUGCUGAUAUAUGGUCUCUCGGAAUAUCACUGGUUGAGCUUGCUCUUAAGUCUUUUCCAUACAAAGGCACGCAAUUUGAAUUCGCUAUUCUCAGUAAAAUUAUCGAAGAGCCUCCACCAAAAUUGCCUUCUGAUGGGCGCUACUCCGCCGAGUUUUGUUCUUUUGUAGAUAACUGUCUAAUCAAGGAUUAUGCUCAACGCCCCAAGUAUGCCGCUCUGCAAAAAACAAAGCUCUUCCUCACAUACAAUCGGAAACCCUUUGAUGUUGGUGAUUGGUAUCGUACGGUUCGCCUCAAUCCAACGGGUAAUCAAAUUGAGGGUCGUCAUUCUCCAAUCUCCCCGGCCUCUUCUACGGUCACCUUAAGUCCAGACGGGUCGCGAAGUUGGUUAGAGUCGGAGAUAGACACUCGUCGUGGCUAUCAGCGGGAGACUUCAUUGACUCGACGCAGCCCGGCUCCUUUACCGGUGGAUCCUCCACCACAGCCUCCAAGGAAGGAGAGUGUGUGUCUCACUUUUCAGAAGCCAUCGUCUGGUGGUUCGCCGAGAUCGCAAACGCUUCCGCCGCCUGGUGCCUUGCCUAUUAGAAGCGCGUCUCCGCUUCCAGUUCCUUCGACUCCUGAGAUACCUUCUACAUUGGGUGCUAACUUUUCCAACGUUUUUUAUGCAACGAUGGCAGAGUUAUUUCACUACUUUCUUCUAGGCGGUGGUGCCGAUACUGUCGACAGCGUGGUAUUGCGCAACCGUGGUCGUCCGCGAGUGUCAUCUGGUCGAAAGUUUUCUGAAGCUUCGGGUGCGUGCAUUGUUCCAGCUGCACCUGUGGCAGUUGAUGCUCGUCGCAACGCUUACUACCCUCAUCUUAUCAACUGCGGUGGAAAAGAAGACGCUGAUUCUCCUCGUGAUCGUUCCACAACCUACACAACCACUUUGCAGGCCCACUUAAACUGCAUUAGCCAAAAUCUCCCGCCUUCUCCGCCCCCCACCUACUACACCGCCCCUCGGUCUUCCCACAACCGUCCCACCAUCCUCCCCAUCUCGAAUUCUGUUUUAACACCUCCGCGUCAGCACUACCCCACAAAAGUUGCCGCCUUGGAACAAAAUGGACACGCCUCUGAUUCUCCUCGCCCGCCAAGAUCUGUAUCGGCUGGUUAUAACGGCAGCGGGCGUCGACUGCAGCGUGUUCCAGCCUACCGUCUGGUAUCGAAUCCCUAUGAGGCGACGCGGGUGGUUGAUAACGCGACCCCAGUAUUUUCAUUUUCGCCUUCGAAGAGGGUGCCUACACCAGUCCAACCUGCUGCUGCUGCUACUCCUUCAGAGGCUGAUGCACAGGAGUACCAUCACCAGUACUUUUGGUAUGCACAUCAGCAACCACCGCCGUCAUCCUGA